AUGGCAGUGCCGCCGAUGCAUUCGGGGUUUCUCGAGAUCACCCUCGUCUCCGCCCAAGACCUCCACUCGGUCUCCAAAAACAUGAAGACCUACGCCGUUGUUUGGCUCCAACACGACGAAAACAACAAGCAGGCCACGAAUGUUGACCAGGCAGCGGAACGAACCCGUCGUGGAACCACACGUUCACCUUCCGAGCGAUCAAUAGGUGGCGACGCCACCGGUACCGUUGCACCACCAUUACGCCGUCCAUCAGUAAAGUCGCACGGGGUUCUUAAUAUGGGAGUUUCCCUCAAGUCAGCAGUGGAAGACCAUAGCGGCAGCUUGGUGAACGGGAGCUCGCUUUGCAACUCCGACGUCGGACCAUCGGCGUCGAUCGUGGCGGUGGCGAUCGCGAAAGGAUUGUAUACCCCACCGGUUACUAAUCCAUCGGAAGAAGCAGAACUAAUAAAGGAAUGGACCAAGAAAGAGAGAGAGAAAGAAGCGUUGGAGAGACGGCAGAUGGAAACCGAGCAGGUCCUUCUCCUCCGCUUCGUUCCAGAGCAGGAAACCGAGCAGAGAAGAGUAAAGGUACCAAGUUGUUCGCGUGUUUGGGAUGUGAAAUUGCGAUUUCUUGCUGCGGCGGUGGCGAUGAAGGUAGUAGGAGGAGGAAAAGUGGGAAGAAACGUGGAAACAAAGUUUGUAAUUUAA